AUGCUCGGCAGUGCUACGCAGGCGGCCGUCGAGUCAGGAGGGGCGGAUGCGGCGGCGGAAUCUGGGGGGAACGGCUCUGGGUGGGUAAAUAUUCCCCUUCAACCGUGGGUUGCGGGGCAACCGCCCGUUGAAAAGGACGGAGAGGAUGCAUACGUGCCUACAGCAGAGGAGGUGGCAGCUGCAGCAGCGGAUUCGGCGGGCGAGAACGAGGUGGAGGUGGGGGUGGAGGUGGAUGAGGAGGGGGUCGGGGAAACUAGUGUAGGACGCGGAGCAAGGAGUGCAAGGGGACGAGGCCGGCGAAUGGGACGGGCUGGCCGCGUGCAGGGUCGUUCGAGCGAAGGAGCAACCGAAGCUCACGGUUCGAGGCGCACCGGCGGUACCUCGAGAGGUGGACGAGGAGGUGGGAGGGUAUCUCGUGUGGCGCAGGGGGGUGGCGACGCUAGAGUGAAGGGUUCAGCCCCAGUAGAGGACGGCCCGUCACGUGCUGACACGCAGCGCAACGAUGGGGUUGGGGGCACGCCGUUGCGAGCUGGUGGCACCAGUCGUGGCGGAGGGACGUCGGGUGGAAGGCAGCGUAGGACGAAGCGUCAGAGGGAGGUGACGCCUACGGAUCCGUUCCGUCGAUUCGUCAAACUGCUGAACCCUGGGGCCGAGCGGUUGCUAGGGACGCGGUAUCGGUUGGCACGGGACAUGCAGGCAUACGCAGAUGCCGCCAGGGAAGAGUUGAAGCAGGAGCUGAUUGGUGAUGGUCUCGCUGGGCGGCUGUCGCUGAGUACGGACAUCUGGACCAGUGAGAACAACCUUGCUUUUAUGGUUGUCACCGUUCACAGGAUCACUAAAGACUUCCAGCUGCGGCAGCACAUCCUGGAUUUCGUGCAGCUGGAGGGGUCACACACCGCGUCGCUGAUAGCGAAGACUCUUGAGGGCAUUCUGGCGGAAUGGGGACUGACCGAGAUGCUGUUCGCUGUCACAACGGAUAAUGCUGAGAACAACAACAAGGCCAUGCGCAUGCUUGCAGGGGAUCCAGCUGAGGGUGCGAUGGCGAGGAUCGAGUUCCCCUUGUUCCACGGAGAUCGUCACGUGCGCUGCAUUGCACAUGUCAUGAACAUUGCAGUGCAGGCGGCAUUGAAGAAAGAUGUGGUGACAGAGGCGCUGAAGCGUCUGCGAGCUGUGUGUUCGUACGUCGGGUGGUCAGUCCAGCGCUCGGAGAACUUCGCACGGCAGCAGCGCAUCUUGCAGCGGCGGGAUGAUGCACCCGUGCUUCGUCUGAUUGGCGACUCGCCGACACGAUGGGGGUCCACGUAUGACAUGAUCGUUCGCGCGUUGGAGCUGCAGCAGGCACUGGCCUUGCUCCUCAUGAGGACAGACGUGAGUGGUGGUGGUAAUGAGCGUGGAGUGACUGCAGCGAUGGGCUGGUUGAUACGCGAACAGCUGGAUGGCCUUCGGCUGUCUGACGUGCACUGGGACGCUCUCGUCGAGCUCAAGGAUCGUGCCGAGCUGCUGGACAAGCUGGAAAUCUCCUUCCGCAAAGAGGGUGUCACUCCCCUCCGACAGGCUCUCAUCACUGCAGCCCUUGACAAGCUCAAGAAGUACAAGUACAGGGAGAAGGAAGAGCUGGUGGUUGCCACCUUCCUGGACCCCCGCUACAAGACAGUCUUCUUCCAGCUGCCGAAAUGGGAGGCGCGCAAUGCUGCGCACGUGACAGAGGUGGGGGGGUGUGCUAGGAUGGUGCAGGAUGUGGAUGAGGGGACGGUGAUACGGCUGGUGCGUGCGCGUAUGGCCGAGUAUCAGGCGCGGGUGAGCAGCCGCCGGCAGGGUGGUGAGGUCACGAGCGAUAUCGGGGGGGCCACUGGGCCUAGCAGCGUGACUGGUGGGGCCUCGGGCACGACGGGGGCUGGUGGAGGUGGGGGAGGGGGCUUUGAGCACUCCAUCUUCGACGAGAUGGAUGCCCUGGAGGCAGCGGCUGGAGGGGGGGCACAGGAUGAGGUGGACCGCUAUUUGGCCGAGCCGAGGCAGAGAGGUGGUUGUUUGCUGGCUUUCUGGCGAGCGAGGGAGGAUUUCACAGUUUUGAGAGAGAUGGCGCGAGACUAUUUGGCUGUGCCCGCAACUUCUGCUGCUAGCGAGCGAGCCUUUAGUCAGGGGAGGAACAUUAUUACAUGGCAGCGCCACCGCCUUACUGCUGGCCGCGUACGUGCCGUUAUGGCAAUUAAGUCAUGGAUGGAGCAGAACACUAGCAGCAGGAGCCUCAACAUUGCAGGUGCCGCUCGUGUGCUCGAGGACCUUUGUUAUGAGGGUGAGGGUGAUGGGUUCUGA